CCCGGCGCAGCCCAGCGCGGCCAGGCACCGGGCACCGGGCACCAUGCGCUGCGCCCCCCUCCUGCUGCUGCUGCUCCUGCUCUCCGCGGGGGACGCCGCGGUCAUCACCGGGGCUUGCGACAGGGAUCUACAGUGUGGGGGUGGCAUGUGCUGCGCUGUUAGUCUCUGGAUCCGCAGUCUCCGAAUGUGCACGCCAAUGGGCGACUUGGGAGAAGAAUGUCAUCCUUUGAGUAAUAAAGUCCCGUUUCUUGGAAGAAGAAUGCAUCACACCUGCCCAUGUCUGCCUAGCUUGGCCUGCCUACGGAUAUCUCCUAGCAGAUUCAAAUGUUUACCAGAGUUCAGAAACGAAGAUGUCUUUUUUUAGCAGGAACGGUUCUUAACCAUAAACAGCCACUUCAUGUAUUUACAUUUUCCCUUGUUAUUGUGAUGAACAAGUUAUUUGCCAGAGGAAAUUCUUUAACAUACUUUCUUGACUCGUAAACAUUGAAAACAAACAUUGAGAUACUGUGGUGUUAUGGCCAAGAUUUUCAAAAGGGUCUGAUGAUGCCGGAUGCUUCCAUUUUUGGAUGCUCAAACUGAGAUAUCUUAAAGGGGAGUGAUAGGCAAUUUCAUAGCACUUUCUGGAAAUCAUGCCCCUUUAAAAAUGUCCCAACUACAGGGCCCAGAAAUGGAAGCAUCCAAAAUCACAAGUCGCUUGGUAACUCUUGGCCAGUAUUUUUAUACUUGAAUAAGCUUGAUUAAAAAUGUGAUGUGCGUGGAGGGGGGAAGGGGUGUUGUACAGGAGUAUAGAGCAAAGCAUAAGAUGACUGCCAAAAGAAGUGUAUAUUUGGUAUCUUUAUUGUAAUUAUUAUAGUAUAUGUAGGUUAGGUGCAUCGCGACAUUAACAGUUUAACCAAUAGGUGUAGCUUUUAAACUGUCACAUUAAACCAAAGCAUCUAAGUGUAAAAAGUGUUCAGAGAAUUCUGUAUGUUGUUUUAGUGUUCAAAGAGAAGAAAGACUUGUUACUUAAUCUGCCGUAAAACGUGCUCCUCACCUGAAACGAUGUAUUAAAAUGUAGUUUCUAUUUAAAAAGAAACCCUAAAAUCUAUUCUAAUGGGCCACCUGACUUCUUGUCAUGUGCAUGUAUUAAUAUUGCUGUGUAAAAAUUCUGUAUCAGAAUAAUGGCACUAUAUCAUUUGAUUUAUUUUAAUAUUAUAGCAUUAUUUUUGUUACUUUGGUCUUCAAUUUUUAUUCCAUGUAAACUGCUAUUACAUAUAUCACAGACCAAAAUUAGCAAAGUUCCCUAAAAGUAGGUCUAUAAAAGAGUACACACUUUUAUAUAUUUCUAAGGAAACUCCACGGUUCGUAUGCUAAGAGCUCCCUAACGCAAGUUUCCAGCAGAUUCUUAGCUGAUGUGACUUGAAUAAUGGGGAAUUUUCUUGGCGCUAACAUCAAGGCAUUUGCUAGGCAUGUGCCCACAAGGGUCUUCUUAAGCUUGUCAGAUGUGUAUGGAGAGUGUGAUUUUUAUGAAACACCAUGUAACUUGUCAAUGGCUAUGGUAAGAAUUCCUAUAGUUUGUGUGAGUUUCUCACACUGGCCUACCACCAGUGGUGUAUACAGACACAGAAGGAGAAAAAGGGAGCCGUUCAUCUUCCAACCAUCAGUUCCUUUUCUGCUGCUCCUCAUGUUCUGAGACAAGUUUGUGGAGUUGUGUUCUGGUCUAUGAAAGUUAGAGGGGAUGGGAAAUACCUUAGCCUCUUCAACAAAUAUCUUUCCAUGCACUGUCAUGGACCCCCAGGAGAGGAACACUAUGGUCUUGA